UCGGACUAGACCAUGUCUUCCUGGACACCGGAAACAAUCAUCGCUCUCGUCACACUGAUCGCUACUGCUCCUUCAUCGUUACUCGUGUUGUGGGAUUUAUAUCUCCGUCGUUAUCGCCGCCGUCACUCCUCUCCGCAGCCCCACCGCUUUGUGCAUGCAGAUUCCGAUCACCCCAGAUUUCCUACUUCCCCUGAGCAGCAUUUCGUCUCAUCGAACUUGAUCAUGCAAUUACCACCAGACGCACAGUUCUAUUGCGUCCGAGACUUUGAUGUACAGAUGCGUAUACAGCAGUUCGGGGCGCAUGUUGUGCGUUCUUACGAUCGAUCCUAGGAGUGAUGACGCUCAUUGUUGUUGGUCAUCUUCUUGGGUUUGAUUACAGGUCCUUGGUGUGGAGUCACGCGCACGGGAGGAACGCUGCGGAUGUCUAUGAACGCAUGGUGCAUCUGUUUGAAA